UGCUCCCAUAAAUCUGAUGACAGAGAACGUCUUUUAGUUUCCCACAGCACAUCUUCAUAUAAUUCAGUAAUCAUCAGUCAUUAAGCUCCACAAAGAUUCUUAAAACUUCUCAAACCGAAGAUAUUAAGCACUCUCCCUGAAAGUCUCUGCUUCUUAGAAACCCAUUCUUUCUUAAAUUUCUGCUUUCCUGUUGCCAUGGAGAAGGUCCAGUACAUAACUCGCUCUGCUCUGAGGAGAGCCUCAACUAUUGAGGUGCAUCCACAAACACGGCAAAGGCUUCAGGAGCUUUUUGUAAACUUCUGUCUUAUCUUGAUAUGUCUGUUGCUAAUAUGCAUCAUUGUGAUGCUUCUUUGAAGUCCAGUAUUUUUGGUUGAUCUAUCUUAUGCAAUGGGAAAUGCACGAGAAGGAGAAAAGAACCAAACAAGAAACAUCCAACCCAAGGAAAUCUAUGCAAGAAAGUCCAGCACUCGGUCUAAAAAGUUUCUCACCACCUCCACUCUUACUCACUGUAACCAUUAAAAGCACCUGUACUGAACAGUGAUUUGAAAACUACUAUCACAAGGCGAUGCAUGAGCUAAUUCACCUGCUUCAUUUUUAAAGGAAGACUUCUGUGGAUGUUGAUGAUUAGUGUUAUGUGUAAAAUGUCCAACUAUAAAAUUUUAAAUAGCAGCCUUGAAA